UUCAGGUUCGCAGACCGGCUGCGGUGAGGCUGACCGCGCGCGCACACACGCACGUUCCGCGUUAUCGGCGUGAUUAGGCGGCGGUGGGCUGUUCGCAGAGCGCGGGGUCACCAAACACGGGACAUCGGCCUUGUACUGGGACGGAAUCGCCCUGUUGGUGAUUCGAUUGCCUGUGUCAGCGGGGCUGUAAUGCGGCGCAAGGCGGAGGGGAGCCCAGCCCGGGUGCACUGAGAGCCUGGACUGCAUCUACGCCCGUCCGCACGCGCAUCGUCAGGGCUGGAGGUGCAGGCUGGUUUGGGGAAGCAGGCGCGAUGGCCAGUGCCUCCACUGACCUGGACAACGCUGAGGCCCAGAGACAACUAAACAACAACAACCGGCCCACCAGCACAGGAUUCUGGGAAACAGAGACCACCAGCUCCAAACUCUUUGAGUGCUCUCGCAUUAAAGCACUAGCAGAUGAGAGAGAUGCAGUCCAGAAGAAAACAUUCACUAAGUGGGUGAACGCUCACCUGGCCCGUGUGUCCUGUCGCAUCUCUGACCUUUACAACGACCUGAGGGACGGCUACAUGCUCACCAGGCUGCUGGAGGUUCUCUCUGGAGAAUUGCUGCCUCGUCCAACACGAGGCCGCAUGCGGAUCCACUGCCUGGAGAACGUUGAUAAGGCUCUGCAGUUCCUCAAAGAGCAGAGGGUUCAUCUGGAGAACGUUGGGUCGCAUGAUAUUGUCGACGGCAACCACCGCCUCACCCUCGGCCUCAUCUGGACCAUCAUCCUGCGCUUCCAGAUCCAGGUGAUUAAGAUCGAGACCGAGGACAACAGGGAGACGCGUUCAGCCAAGGAUGCUCUGCUGCUUUGGUGCCAGAUGAAAACAGCAGGGUAUCCUGAGGUUAAUAUUCAUAAUUUCACCACAUGCUGGAGGGAUGGACUGGCUUUCAAUGCACUUAUUCACCGGCACAGACCUGAUCUGAUCGAGUUUCAUAAGCUGACCAGAUCGAACGCCACGCACAAUCUCCAGCAAGCCUUCAACAUCGCUGAGCAGAGUCUAGGACUCGCCAAGUUACUGGAUCCAGAAGAUGUGAACACGGAGAAUCCUGAUGAGAAGUCCAUUAUAACAUACGUAGUGUCGUACUAUCACUACUUCUCCAAAAUGAAAGCUCUGAUCGUCGAGGGCAAGAGGAUCGGAAAGGUGCUGGACAAUGCCAUUGAAGCCGAGAAGGUCAUUCAGCGCUACGAUGCUCUGGCCUCGGAGCUGUUGGAGUGGAUUGAAAAGACGAUUAGCAUCAUCAGCAACCAGAAGUUUGCUAACUCGCUAACAGGAGUACAGCAACAGCUUCAAGCCUUUACAACCUACUGCACCAUCGAGAAGCCUAUAAAGUUCCAGGAGAAAGGAAACCUGGAGGUGCUGCUCUUCACCAUCCAAAGCAAACUCAGAGCUAACAACCAGAAGCCAUAUGUGCCUCACGAAGGAAAACUCAUCUCCGACAUCAACAAGGCCUGGGAGCGGCUGGAGAAGGCAGAGCAUGAGAGGGGCGUGGCUCUGAGGAAGGAGCUAAUUCGUCAGGAGAAGCUAGAGCUACUCGCUCAGCGCUUUGAUCACAAGACCACCAUGAGGCAGGCGUGGCUCAAUGAGAACCAGCGGCUCGUUUCACAGGAUAACUUUGGCUAUGACCUGCCUGCGGUGGAGGCGGCCAUGAAGAAACAUGAGGCGAUCGAGGCGGAUAUUUCGUCCUAUGAGGAACGUAUCGGCGUGGUGGUGGAGCUGGCAGCUGAGAUGGAGGCGGAGGGUUACUAUGACAUCCGGCGCAUCCUGGCGCGUAAGGAGAACAUCCUGGGCCAGUGGAGUCUGCUGAAGGAGCUGGUGGUGGGGAGGAAAACUCGGCUGGAGAAGAACCUCGCUCUCCAGAAAACCUUCCAGGAGAUGGUCUACAUGAUUGACUGGAUGGAGGAGAUGCAGGUGCAGCUUCUGUCUAAAGAUUACGGGAAACACCUGCUGGAGGUGGAGGAUCUGCUGCAGAAGCACGGCCUGCAGGAGGCCGACAUCAGCGUCCAGGCAGAGAGAGUCCAAACUCUGAACACGGCCGCUCUGAAGUUCACCACCAUCGAGGGUUAUCAGCCAUGUGAUCCUCAGGUGAUCUGUAACAGGGUGAAUCAUGUUAGUACAUGUCUGGAGGAGCUGAAGCAGCUGGCGGGGAAGCGGCGCUCCGAGCUGGAGGACUCUCGGGAGCUGUGGGCUUUUUUCCAGGAGGUCGAAGAGUCCGAGGUCUGGAUCCGGGAGAAGACGUCCAUCCUGGCCACUCAGAGCUGCGGGAAGGACCUGAGCAGCGUGCUGAGGCUCCUGCAGAAGCACAAGGGCCUGGCCGGAGAGCUGCUGGCGCGCCGUGCUCUGCUCCAGCAGACCAUGAAGAAGGGCAAGCAGAUCCUCACUCAGAAGAGCUUCGGCACCGCCGGCAUCCAGGAGAGGCUGAUGGACGUGAAGGGAGAGUGGAGGAGGCUGGAGGACCAGGCUGCUCAGAGACUCGGUCAUCUACAGGAGGCGCUAAACUUUUUCCAGUUCACGGCAGAGAUGGACGACCUGCUGGCCUGGCUGCAGGAUGAGUACAGGCUCGUGUCCAGUGAAGAUUUCGGACAUGAUGAGUAUUCCACCCAGUCUCUGCUGAAGAAGCACCGCAGCGUUCGGGAGGAUAUCGAUAAGCACCGUCUGCACGUAGUAGCACUGCACAAACACAUGGUGGCGCUGCCGCUGCAGUACCGCGAGCUGGAGGAGGUGCAGAUGCGGCUGGGCGAGGUGGAGCAGCUGUACACCGAGGUCGCGGAGGUGGCAGUGCUGCGGCAGCAGUGGCUCCAUGACGCGCUGGCUGUUUAUCGCAUGUUUAGCGAAGUGAACGCCUGUGAGGUGUGGAUCGAUGAGAAAGAGCAGUGGAUGAACAGGAUGGAGGUUCCAGAGAGGCUGGAGGACAUGGAGGUGGUGGCACACAGGUUUGAAAGCCUGGAUCAGGAGAUGAAUAGCCUGAUGGGACGGAUUCUGGAUGUUAAUCAGAUCGUGCAGCAGCUGCUGGACAGCGGUCACCCCAGCUCCACCGAGGUCAGAGGGUGUCAGGACCACCUUAACAGCAGGUGGAACCAUAUGGUGGAGCUGGUGGAGCACAAGAAGGAUCAUCUGGACUCCAACCUCCGCAUCCAGAACUAUCUGCUGGAGUGCACAGAGAUAAAGUCUCAGAUUCAGGAGAAACGCAAAGCCAUCGAUGCCACGCAGUACGUGGGCAGUGACCUGGGCAGCGUGCUGGCCUUGCAGCGCCGCCUGUCCACCAUGGAGGGCGCUCUAGCUGUUCUGGAGCCCAAACUCAUCCACCUGCAACAGGAGGCCGAGGAACUGGCGACCUCACACCCCAACAAAGCCAUGGAGAUCCUGGUGCCAUUCGAAGGUAUCAGCGUAGAGUGGGAGGAGCUAAAGCGGACGCUACAAGGCUGCGAAGACUCUCUGACCGUAGCCGGACGUCUCCAGCAGUUCAUCCAGGAUCUUGACUCUUUCCUGACGUGGCUGGUCCAGACACAGACGGCCGCGGCCUCGGACGAGCUCCCGAACACUCUGGAAGAAGCGGAGCGGCUGAUCAAUCUGCACGCAGCCCUGAAGGAGGAGAUCGGACGCUAUGAGGAGGAUUACGAGCGCCUGCAGGCGGUGAAUGAGCUGCUGGAGUCUGAAGAUGCUCCGUUACCGUACGCCGCUCUGCAGCAGUGGCUCCGUAAGCUGGACGUGGGCUGGAACAAGCUGCUGGAGAUGUGGGAGAGCCGCAGGGAGGUGCUGGUCCAGGCGCACAUCUUCCACCUGUUUCUGAGGGACGUCAAGCAGGCUGAGGCUUUCCUCAACAACCAGGAGUCAGCCCUCGCCCACGUAGAGCUCCCCACCACAGUGGAGACGGUGGAGGGCGCCAUCAAGAAGCACAAGGAGUUCACCACCACCAUGGAGCUGAACCUGCACCGGAUCAAAGCUGUUAUAGAGGCAGGAGAGAGUCUCAUCAGCCAGAGCAACAUCUACUCUGAGCGGAUCAGAGAACGAGUGGAUUUACUCGCCAUCAGGGGGAACCAGAACCGCGAGCUGGCUCAGCAGUGGCUCAGUAAACUCAACGACCAGUGGGAGCUGCAGAGGUUCCUGCAGGACUGCCAUGAGCUGGGGGACUGGGUGGCAGAGAAGAUGCUGAUGGCUCGUGAGGCGUCCCGCGACGAGACGCAGAAGCUGCAUAAAAAAUGGCUGAAGCACCAGGCCUUCAUGGCAGAGCUGGCGCAGAACAAGGAGUGGCUGGACAAGAUCGAGAAGGAAGGCCAGAAGCUGAUGCAGGAGAAACCUGAGCUGAGCUCCGUGGUCCAGCAGAAGCUGAGUGAGAUCCGGGAGUGCUGGCUGGACCUGGAGAGCACGACUCAGGCCAAGGCCCGGCAGCUGUUUGAGUCCAGCCGAGCUGACCUUCUGGCCCAGAGCUACUCCAGCCUGGACCAGCGGCUGCAGCACCUGGAGGGUCAGCUGGCCCACGAGGACUAUGGCCAGGACCUCACAUCGGUCAACAAGCAACUGAAGAAAUUGCAGACGAUGGAGAACCAGGUGGAACAGUGGUAUAAGGAAGUUGGAGACCUGCAGGUCCAGGCUGCGUCCAUCCCUCAGCAGGGUCAGGUCAUGGAUGUGGUAUCCGAGCGACAGUCUGCCGUUGAAACGCGGAUCGUCCGACUCAUUGAACCUCUGAAGGAGAGGAGGAGGAUCCUCCUGGCUUCUAAAGAGGUGCACCAAGUGGGAAGAGACCUGGAGGAUGAAAUCUUGUGGGUGCAAGAGCGCCUCCCCAUGGCCACCUUGCAGGAGCACGGCAGCAGUUUACAGGCUGUGCAGCAGCUCAUGAAGAAGAACCAGAGCCUGCAGAGGGAGCUGGAGGGUCACCGCGGACGGGUGGAGGACGUGCUGGAGCGCGCGGCGGUCAUCGCCUCCAUCCGCAGCCCGGAGGCAGAGUGCGUGCGGGCCGGGAUGGAGCAGCUGCAGCAGCUGUGGGAGAUGCUGUGGGUGGAGACGGAGCGCAGGCAGCUCAACCUGGACGCCAUGUACCAGGCCCAGCAGUACUACUUCGACAUCACAGAGGUGGAGGCGUGGCUCAGCGAACAGGAGCUACACAUGAUGAACGAGGAAAAAGGAAAGGACGAGCCGAGCACGCUGCAGCUGCUAAAGAAGCACCUGGUUCUAGAGCAGACGAUAGAGGACUACGCUGAAACCAUCGGGCUGCUCUCGCAGCAGUGCAGACAGCUGCUGGAGAUUGGACAUCCAGACAGUGAGCAGAUCAGUAAGCGUCAGUCUCAGAUCGACCGGCUGUACGUCUCCCUGAAGGACCUGGUGGAGGAGAGGAAGUGUGGUCUGGAGCAGCAGUACUGGCUCUUCCAGCUGAACCGCGAGGUGGACGAGCUGGAGCAGUGGAUCGCUGAGAGAGAAAUGACCGCCAGCUCCACUGAACUGGGCCAGGACUUCGAGCAUGUCACUAUACUACAGGAGAAGUUCACUGAUUUUGCGUCGGAGACGGGCCGUUUGGGUCAGGAGAGAGUGACAGCUGUCAAUCACAUGGUAGACGAGCUGAUAGAUUACGGCCACACGGAUGCGGCCACCAUCGCCGAGUGGAAGGACGGGGUGAACGAAGCCUGGGCUGACCUGCUGGAGCUGAUAGAGACCAGAGCUCAGAUGCUUGCAGCCUCACACCAGCUCCACAAAUUCUUCUCAGACUGCAGAGAGGUUCUUGCACAGAUAGAUGAUAAGCAGCGGCGGUUACCGGAGGUUCGUGCACUUCAGGACGGCUCCACUAACACCAGCGCCCUCCAAAGGCUGAUGAAAACAUUUGAACACGAUAUCCAGCUGCUGGUCGGCCAGGUGCGGCAGCUGCAGGAGAGCGCUGCACAGCUGCGGACGGUUUAUGCCGGAGAGAAGGCAGAAGCUAUCGCUCUGCGGGAACAUGAAGUGAUGCAGACGUGGAAAGAGCUGCUCAUUUCCUGUGAGGAGUGCCGCGUGCAGAUCACCACGGCAACAGACAAAUUGCGUUUUUUCGGCAUGGUCCGAGACCAGCUGAUGUGGAUGGACAGCAUCAUCUGCCAGAUCGGGACAGGAGAGAAGCCCAGGGCUCUAACGGGCUAUGGGCUGUCUGCUGCUUGCAGGGACGUUUCCUCUGUGGAGGUGCUCAUGAACUACCAUCAGAGCCUGAAGAGUGAGGUGGAGGUGCGAAACAAGAGCAUGCUGCAGUGCAUCGAGAUGGGAAAGACUCUGCUGGCUGCCCGAAACCCUGCCUCAGAGGAGAUUAAAGAGAAGCUGGAGAAGGUUCUGGCGAAGCAGCGAGAGCUGACGGAGAAAUGGGAUAAACACUGGGAGGAGCUUCAACACAUGUUGGAGGUUCAUCAGUUUGCUCAGGAGGCUGUGGUAGCUGAAGCAUGGCUGACGGCUCAGGAGCCAUUCAUUAACAGUCAGGAACUGGGCGGCAGUGUGGAUGAAGUGGAGCAGCUGAUCCGGAGACACGAAGCUUUCCGAAAAGCAGCAGCAACCUGGGAGGAGAGAUUCAGCUCAUUACGCCGUCUCACUACGGUGGAGAAGAUAAAAGCUGAGCAGAGUAAGCUCCCGCCGACCCCUCUGCUGGGCCGUAAGGUGUUUUUGGACCCUCAGGACUCCUCUCCAGCCCGCAGCAGCCCCUCCUCCCUCCUCAGACAGACCAUCUAUGAACAGGGGGAGCCUCGUGGCGAGCGAGUCACCCAGCCUUCUCCCUCAUCUGUCGUUCGCAGGCUGGGCUCCACUGUGGCCAAUUACACUCCCAUCAUGAAUGGGGCAGCCACUUACCGCAUCCAGGAGGCCAGGAACGCCGGGCUGCUCGGGGUAGCCGCCGGUCUGGGAACCACAGCGGAGCCGAAAUCCACUCAGAUCAAAGCCCAGAUCCAGAUCCCCAUCACACAGCAGAAGAUAGAGCACAUGCAUGAGGCAGUGCGCCCCCUCCUGGAGAGGGAGAGGGAUCGUCAGCAGGAGAAUGUGAUGGCGGAGGUGGUGAUGCUCCAGGAGCCCGGUGGAGGCAGAGAGAGGCUAAACAGCGGGCCGCUGGGAAGCGGGAGCAGCAGGUCAGAGCUUCAGGUAGAGCAGCAUCCUCCUCCAAGGGAGUCUCGCCUGGAGCGGCAGCUGUCCAACGAGCAGCUGAUCCAGGCGCGGAGAGACGAACUCCCCCAGGAGGUGUGGAGGGAAAAGGAGGAGCGGACCCAGAGACGGCUGGAGAGACAGACAUCCAGCGAGCAGGAGGGUCCGGCUCACGCAUACGAGACCCGCCGGAGAGAUAGACACCGACUGGAGCGGCAGGAGAGCAGCGAGCAUGAUGGCAGGGAGCAGUCAGACCGACGCUCCGGAGGAGGAGACAAAAAGUCCACCUUAGCUGAGAUUGUGGAGCAACUGCAAGAGAGAGAAGCUGCACAAGCUCGUGGAGAGAUCCCCCGCCUCCCGAACGGCUUUCCAGAGAAGACAUCUCGGCCAGACCGGCCCCGAGCCCGAGACCGACCCAAACCCCGGCGGAGACCGCGGCCCAAAGAGACGACGGCAGGAGAAACACGGCGGUCUCGAUCAGCCCCGGCUCAAAGCAGCCCACCGGUACCCCAACCGCCUACACACACUGCCCAGCACGAGGGCUUCCUCUUCCGCAAGCUCGACAUCGAGAGCCAGAAGAAGAGCUCCAACAGCAGAUCUUGGGUGAACCUGUACUGCGUGUUGAAUAAGGGUGAGCUUGGUUUCUACAAGGACUCCAAGAACAUCACCACGCCCUACAACAACGAGCCGCUUCUCAGCCUCAGCGGCUGCGCCUGCGACAUUACCAACGGGUACAAGAAGAAGAAAAAUGUCUUCACACUCAAAACUAAAGAUGGGAGUGAAUUCCUGUUCCAUGCUAAAGAUGAGGACGAUCUUAAGGGAUGGACCGCCAGUAUCACCACAAGUAUUAACGAACACGAGGAGAUUGCCAAGUGGGGGCAGCCUCAUCAUCCUACUACCUCAUCCACUGACGAGGGCACGCGGCGGGACGGCAGCAGGGCGGGCGGCUCAGAGAGGGGCGAGAGGUCCGACCGGGCCGACCGGGUCUCCGAACGCUCAGACAAGGGCGAGAAACCAGAGAAGAAAACAGGCAAGAAGAAAUGAGCAUUGACUCUACAGCGCCCUCUAUCCCUCCGAGCUUAUAGUGUUCUAAAACAGGACCUGAUUGAAAUCAGGCAGCCGGACGUGACGUGACUGCGCUGACAGUACGGAGCGCACCGCGCUCUCGCUGUCCGCCGGACUGUGGACUCAACCAGCGUUGAGUGCCCCCUGGUGGCUGCUGGAGAGAACGACACUCGGCAGCCAGCGUAUGGGCCAAAGAGCGGUAGGGAGAGGUUAAAAAAUAAAUAAAUAAAAAUGAAAAUCAAGUUCUGAGAGAUGUUACAAUGACGUAGCUGAUGAUAUUUAUUUUUUAAUUUGUUGAAAGACGAAUCCUAUACAUGUAAACUGUCUAUUUGUAUAUCGUGUGUCUCCACAUCUAACCUUAUCCGAUCUAAAGCUGAAGAGAAUGGAAAUAUGCCAAAAUUUUCUUACAAUUUUGUUUCUUUUUUCUCAGAGGAGCAU